CGGAAGUCUCCAGGUUUAGUCCUGCCCACCGCUCCUCGCCAUUUGCCUUCGCCGCCUCAGAGCUGCUUCCAUGACCGGGCGCGGGACUCCAAGCCGCUUCCUGACCAGUGUCCUCCACAACGGGCUGGGUCGCUAUGUGCAGCAGCUGCAGCGUCUCAGCUUCAGCCUCAGCCGCGACGGGCCCUCUUCCCGCGGUGCUAGGGAGUUCAUCGAACGGGAGGUGACCGACUUCGCCCGACGGAACCCCGGGGUCGUAAUGUACGUGAACCUGCGGCCCUGCUGCGUGCCCAGAGUAGUGGCCGAAUACCUUAACGGGGCUGUGCGCGAGGAGAGCAUGCACUGCAAGUCGGUCGAGGAGAUCGUGACGCUAGUGCAGAAGUUGGCAGACCAGUCUGGCCUGGAGGUGAUCCGCAUCCGAAAGCCCUUCCACACGGACAGCCCUAGCAUCCAGGGCCAGUGGCAGCCCUUCACCAACAAACCGACCACGUUUGGUGGGCUACGCCCCCGAGAGGUCCUGGAUCUUGCCUCAGCCGAGGUGCAAGCACAGUGAAGAGUUGCCCCAUCAACUCCAAACCCAGGCUUUGGACUCUUACUCCAGUAAAGGUGGUUUCUCCUCUUUGAGAUUCCAAGCUUAGGCAGACAAAUGGAACCCCCACCAAAGGGGAAGUUGACACCAGAGGUUUUGCUUGGGCUAAAGAACAGCUGCCUUUUUCUUUUCAGUGCCCACUUCUAGGGGCAGUAACCUUGUGAGUCCCCUAAUUCUUACCCCGUGGCAUCACUGAAACCUGAGCUGAGAGAGCCUUCAAGGUUUUUAUUUUAUUUUCUCAAGUCCAAAUUAGUAACAGUGAUCUCAAAACACAAUAAGGAGUCUCAAGUCUGACUUCUAAAUAAUCUUUGAUAUCUUGUUGCUACAACCAUUGAGCUAGAGAGAGUUAGCUGUUCUCUGCUGCAAGCCUGGCAUAGGGCUAUGCUCUUUACAUCUGUGUGAAUGUUUGUGUACAGAUUAGAAAACUGAGGUUAAUAAACUUACUCAAGGUCACACUUGAGGUCUUAUUUCAAAAUAUGUGCAUAUUCUAAGCAUAAGCCCUAUUUUUCAUUAUUAGAAAACCAGGAGCAGAACACACAACAACCUUUCAGGGUGGUUAGUAUCAAAGGCCAUGUGCUUAAUCUAGGCCUGACCUCUGGAGGGAGUGAUUGUCAGACCAGGUCCCCGGUAACAAGCCCCAGGUGCACAACCCCCCUCCUGCAGACCCCUCUUUGUACAGAAAUGAAUCCAUGUCUUCCCUUGCGUCAGUGGGUGGGGGGUGCUGAAAAGCCUCUUAAGGAAGAGCAGGAAAGGAGGGCUGAUAAAUAAGGAGUAUGUUUUAGGCUUAGUUUUUAAAAGGGAGGGAUGGUGAGGAAAUGAGAGCCAAUAAAUAAAAAUCUGAGAACUCUUGUAUGAAUUCUU